AUGAGUUUCUCCAACAUGCUGAGCAGGCUGCAGGGUCAGCCCGAGAGCUACGACAAGAAGGCCAAAUACCGCUUCGGACGCACCCUUGGAGCUGGAACGUACGGUAUCGUCCGUGAGGCUGACGGUCCCACUGGCAAGUGCGCCGUGAAGAUUAUCCUGAAGAAGAACGUCAAGGGCAAUGAAAGGAUGGUAUACGACGAGUUGGACAUGCUCCAGCGCCUCAAGCACCCCCAUAUCGUCAAGUUUCUCGACUGGUUCGAGUCGCGUGACAAGUACUACAUCGUUACUGAGCUGGCUACGGGCGGAGAGCUCUUCGAUCGGAUUUGCGAGCAGGGUAAGUUCACGGAGAAGGACGCUUCGCAAACCAUCAAGCAGGUCCUUGAGGCCGUCAACUACCUGCACCAGAACAACGUUGUGCACAGAGAUCUGAAGCCCGAGAACCUUCUCUAUCUGACCAGAGACGCCGAGUCUGACCUGGUCCUGGCCGACUUCGGUAUCGCGAAGAUGCUCGACAGGAAGGACGAGGUUCUUACAACAAUGGCCGGCUCCUUUGGCUAUGCAGCCCCCGAAGUCAUGCUGAAGAAGGGUCACGGCAAGCCCGUGGACAUGUGGUCUAUGGGUGUCAUCACAUACACUCUUCUCUGCGGUUAUUCUCCUUUCCGCUCCGAGAACCUCCAGGACCUCAUCGAUGAGUGCAGUAAUGCCCAGGUCGUUUUCCAUGAGCGUUACUGGAAGGAUGUCAGCGACGAUGCCAAAGACUUCAUCCUGCAUCUUCUGCAACCGGAGCCCGUGAAGCGCUGGUCGAGUGAGGAGGCUCUCCGUCACCCCUGGCUCAGCGGAGAGAACGCCACCGACCACAACUUGCUUCCCGAGAUCAAGGCGUACAUUGCCAAGGCUCGUCUCCGCCGCGGCAUCGAAAUGGUCAAGCUUGCCAACAGAAUCGAAACCCUCAAGGCCCAGGAGGAAGACACGGAAGACUCGGAUUUCCCGGCCGAUGCAAUCAGCGCAGCCGACCAGUCCAAGCACGUCGGCGCGCAUGACAUCGCCGUUGGCGAGAAGCGGAGUUUGUCAAAGACGAUCAAGGGGGCCAUCUUCCGCGAGGUUGUCCUUGCCAAGGUCCGCGAAAUGAAGCAGCAGGAGGAUACGCUCAAGGUGAAGGAGGAGGCGGAGAAGGAGCACAAAAGACGCAGCUUCCAGGGCUGA